UGUUGUAACUGCAAGACGCAGUCGAAAUGGCGCAUCUUUUGGGGAGUAAAGCGUGCAUUCAAAGCUUACGCCAAGACGUAUUAGAUCUGCACACUACAAUAUCGGAAUCCGUAGUCCAGUCGGGAAUGCAAGUGAACGUCAAGUCCUGGAAGUAUCCAGACCAGCUGGCCAGCGAUGUGAACAUUCUCGAACUGCUAAGCGAGCAUGACUACGAUGCCAAUGAGGCGGAAGACAAUCAGGUCUCCCACAUAGUCAUGUACGAGUUGGUAAUUGACCGGUUAGUGUAUCUUCUCCAUCUGGCAACUACAUUUGUGAGCCAGAGUCUGGAAACUACGGUGGCGUCAUUCGGUGGGGAUGUGAACAGGGAAUUAAGUCGAGUUGGUUCGGCAGUUUCAAACGGACCCACCAGAGCUCAGUCGAUGUCAACUGGCUUGAUGGUGAAAAAGUUAUGGAAUAAGUUGAGCGCAUUCAACCGAGUGUUUCUCGAAACACAAGAGAAAAAUAUAACACUAGCUGGAAAUGCAGACGCAUUGGAGGAAGCACUGGAAAAGGUCACUCUGGAUUUUCUGGAGCUUACUCGAAAUGCAAAUGUCUCAAAACAGCAGCACGAUGUUCAGAAUGGCACUAGCGGCGGGCUCUCAGAAGUGGAUGGCACGGCUUCCGAGGCAAGUUUGGUUCCUACAUUGGAGUUGUACGAAAAGUAUUUGGCGAAGUCAGACCGACACUCAACUUCAGUGUCUUGUCAAACUCUCCAGACUUCCUUUCUAUCUUGCAAUAACUGCUCCUUCCUGCAGAGGAGUCUUUUUGGCCUGUGUGAUUCUUUAAAUCUAGUCUGUCAGAAUUAUGGACUAAAAUCAACCGGUAAUAAGUUUCUAGCAACUAAAAACUGUGAAGUUGUCCAGACUGGGAAUCUUUCAGUCACUGAAGUUGAACGUUUGAGUAACGAGUUAAACAAAGACUUAAACGCUAUUCUGAAAAAAUGCUGCGACCAAAAUGUUAAGUUGGAAAAUUUUUCGAUGGAAACUUGUGACUUGAAGAAAAAGGUCGAAGAUCUUGUGGAUAAAUUGAACAAUUUUGACGUUCAGUUGAACUCAGAGCGUGAAAAAAGUCAAAUUGAGAUGUCAAAGUUGAAUGCAGAAUUUUCUGAUAUGAAGAUGAGCUCUGACUCUACAAUAGCAGAAUUAUCUGCAAGUCUCGCACAGCUAACAAGUACAGAAAAGAAAUUGAGAAGUGAAAUUGAAGAAACAAACCGCGUAAAGGAUCAAUUUAUACUCACAGCUGAGAAAAUGAAGCUUGAAAAUGAAGUGUUGGAGAAAAAGUGUUCGGAUUUAGCCGAAAAGUUAAGUUCUGCAGAAAAUGAAAUUGAAACGAAACGAAGUAAAGUCGCAGAGUUUGAGGAAGAGAUUAAAAAUCUGAGAGAUGAAAUUGAAAAGAACGAACAAGUUCUGAAGAAAGAGAAAGUUAAAAAUAAAGUAAAUUCGAACAGAGACGAAGAAAUGAUUUCAAAACAGGAAGUGUUGGUGAAUCGGCUUGAAGAAUUGGACGAGCAGUGUGAGAGUUUAAAGCAAGAAGUGAGUGAAUUAGAAAUCGAAAGAGACGAAGCAAAAGAAGAAUUAGUGUCGGCCAAAAGUGACCUGAAACCGCUGCAGAAACGAGUCUCAGAACAAAGUUUGCUCAUCAAAAAUCUAGAGUCUGAAAACGCCUUAAUAACAGAACAGAUUAAAAGUUAUGAGGAUGAAGUGAAAACGCUGAACGUGGAAAUCGACAGCCUGAAGGAAAAGCAGGAUCUGCUCAUUUUGUUCCCAGAUUUAACGGAAGUAGAUUCGAAACCGACUUCAAAGGCGCCUCAAGGUUUGGACCCUAGCGACCCAAGGUGCAUUAAGUUUGAAAUGGAGCAGCAAAUAUAUUCGAAUACAUUGCGAAUAUCGAAGCUGGAUGAUCUAAACGCCAGUUUGAAGAGUAGUCUCUCCAGAAUUGAAGCUAUGAUCCCCAAAAGUGAACAAAGUGCAAGUUCAGGAUGUGUGAAAAGCGACAGUGCUGGUGGCGAGAGGACAGUGAUUGAAUCUGAAGUUCCCAAAACAGAGUUCAAAGAAAGAGUGCCUCUCAUAAAUGAACUGCAGAUGAAUUAUUACAGAAGUGAAUCAAAAGGCGCCCUGCCAAACCAGUCUUCGGGAAAUCUCGGUGACAAGAAAGCAUUUUCUGGCAGACAAAGCGAAAGUUCAUCGGAUGAUCAUGGCACUCUAAGUUAUGUUGAAAGAGUGAAAAAUGCCCAAAUGCAAUCGGAAAAGGACAGAAGUGGGGCAUCUUCAAGAAGAGACCAUUGUUCGCCCCUUUCAAGGCCUAAAUCGGGUCGCGGGGAUAGGUGGGCUUCUUCUAGCAGUUUGAAGCCUUCUUGCAGUUUCACUUGCAGUAAAUGCUCAAGGUCCUUUAAGACAAACCACGAACUGCAAAUGCAUUCUAAUUUCUGCUACUGAUGUUUUAGAUGUUUGGCAAAAUUAGCAGCUAAUUUAUAUCAUAGUUUGUGCUUUAAUUAUCACCUUCAUUUGUGAGAAUAAUGUAAAUGUGUAAAGAAUGUCCAUAGUGUAGAAUUGUUUGAAUAAGAAAAAUGGUCAAAUUU